AUGUCGCUUUCACCACCUCCUCCUGUCUCUUUAAGCCUGCCGACCGCAAACCCCAAGAAGCGUCUAUCUAUUGCAUCUGGCUCUUCGAAUGCUCCUGCAAACUUGAAGCGUCAACGCACUCACCCAUUACGCCAAACUUCAUUCCCUGUGUCUGCGGACAAUGACCCACGGGUUUACACGGGCACAAGCUCCAGAUCAGAAGCCGACGCUGGAAGCAUAACCGGUAGCUUUACAGGGUCCUUUGGGGGAAGCGUUGCUGGCAGCACGGUUGGUGGAAAGGGCAAGAAGAGAAAGAGUAAAAAGGACAAGGAUGCUACGGCAAGCGUGAAAGGCGGCGCUGGUAGUACCACCGGUCGACGAAACGGUGCCACUGCAUCUGUGAAAGGCGGAGCAACGCAAGGGGAUGAAGAUGGUGAUAUCGAGGAAGAGGAUUUCAUAGAUGAACCGGAGGUCGAUGGAGGUGCGGCGAUUGACGCGGCUGCUGAGAAGAAGAAUCUUGCUGUUUUAAUGGACGCUUUCAACCCCGAGCAGUCAUCCCGGUACGACUUCUUUAAACGCGCCAAAUUGAAUAAACCCACUCUUAGAAAGAUUGUGAAUCAGACGUUAUCACAGUCUGUUCCGCCUAAUGUUGUUACUACUAUUGGUGGAUAUACCAAGGUCUUCAUUGGAGAAAUUAUCGAAAAGGCGAGGACGAUACAGAAUGAAUGGGCGGACGCUCUUGAUGCUGCAGCUAUAGCUGAGGCCGAAGCAGAGGAGGCAGAGAAACAGCGGAUACAGCAAGAGAAAGAAGAUAAGGAGAAAGAGAAUAAUGCUGCACAAAAUACACAGACGGCAAACCAAGGGGAUAGCAAUGAUUCACAGGUGAAAGCUGAAUCGCCACAUGAAAAUGCCGCAAGCGGUAACAUGAAUGGCAUCCAGUCUACGAACGUCUCGAUUUCGAUCUCACAAACCCAGGUUACAACUACGGUUAACGGUGAUUCUCCUAUACUUGCAAAUGGUACUGCACCAACGACCAGCAGGACAAUUAAACUCCCACCAAAUCCACACCGUGGGCCAUUGUUACCCUCACAUAUACGUGAAGCCUUAAGGCGAUAUAAACUCAGCGCGCAGGGUGAUAACGUUGGCUUUUCUGGCUUGAGUCUCAAAGGAUUUGGGGUCAAGGGUCCAUUUGCAUGGAGCCUCAAAGGGGUUGGCGGAAGAAGAUUAUUCCAUUAA